GAAUAGAAUUGUUGGAAUGCAUUGAAUGUCAAUAUAUGGCAUGUUAGUCCGUAGUCAUUUAUAAUUCAGACGUUUAAGAUCUGGGUCAUGAUUUUGAUAGUUGACAUAACUCACAGGUGUUUACAAAAUGUAAACAUUAGGAACAGGUGCAUUGUAUGUGCAUUGGACCGGUACAAAUGUUUGGCGAGUGUGGAAUGAGUGUUCGUAUUGUAAAACAUCAGCGUUUUCUCUUUGUUAAGCAUCCCUGUGUGUGAUGUUGGAAGUCCAGGUGUUGUGAAAAGGCUAUUGCAAUUAUCUCUUCUAUAUUCACAUUUUUCGCCUCUGGCAUUUAAAUAGUGCACGAUCAACACAGAGGUUUUGUUGUGAAAUGCUUUGCGUGUGAUUUCCGUGUGUUUUUAUUCGAUUGUUGACCGCUUUCUUUUGCCUUAAACAUGAACUUGAACAUUACCAUUAUUUUCAUGUAGAGUAACAUGUGCCUUAUAUGGCUUUUCCGUUUCAAGAUUUUUGAUGAACUGAUAUAUAAUUUUUUGAGAAAUUUUCACUCUUACUAAGAAUCAUUCUCACAGUAUAAACAUUAUAAAUGUUACUUUUAUAGUCCCCCUUUGUGCUGCAAAAUUUGUCAAGAGAAAUUUACGCAUAAUGACAUAUGUCCAGUUCGUAGUUAGAGCUAAGGCACGUGUGUCGGUACAUAAAUAUUGAUGAUUGGUCCGAGGAAGACCGAAAACUUGUUUUUCUUUUGCUCCGACUGUACACUCGUGUGUCGGGUCUCGUGUUCGGCCGUCUCCCGUCCAGGGAUACACAGUUCAUCAAAAUGGCCGCCACGGGCAAGAAGUGCGACAGCUCUCGCCCUGCUCCACAACGAGAAUAUAUCAUUCGACCGAGAGACCGAAAGGAACGCAAACACUAUACAGAUGACUGGGCUCUUGGAGAUGAGGAAAUUGAGGGCCGUCGGUCCUUCCGUCUGGAGGAUAAAAUUGAAACUGACAGAUUUCCACAAUGUUUUGUCAAAGAAAUGAAAGGAGAAGAUUUUAAUCUUGCCUACCUUCAGCGUCAUGGAUUUAACACACCUCUUUUGUUUAGAGAAAAAACUGGUUUGGGACUUCGAGUGCCUAGUGCUAAUUUUUCUGUCAAUGAUGUUCGAAUGUGUGUGGGUUCUAGACGAAUUCUUGAUGUUAUGGAUGUUAACACACAAAAGAAUGUUGAAAUGACAAUGCGUGAAUGGCAACGAUAUUAUGAUGAUCCUGAGAAAGAUCGAUUACUUAAUGUCAUCUCACUGGAAUUCAGUCACACAAAGUUGGAAAACUACAUACAAACUCCAACUGUUGUGCGACAAAUUGACUGGGUGGAUUGUGUCUGGCCUCGUCAUCUCAAAGAAGCACAAACUGAGUCAACCAAUGUGUUGGAUGAUAUGAUGUAUCCCAAAGUACAGAAGUAUUGUCUAAUGUCUGUCAAAGGAUGUUACACAGAUUUUCAUGUUGAUUUUGGUGGAACUUCCAUAUUUUGGCUUAUUCCUCCAACAGAGAAAAACUUGCAUCUUUAUGAACAGUGGGUAUUGUCUGGUAAACAAGCUGAUGUGUUUUUUGGCGAUACAGUAGAAAAGUGUGGACGAGUUACUCUGACAGCGGGUAAUACAUUUUUUAUCCCAACUGGCUGGAUUCAUGCAGUAUUUACUCCCUGUGAUUCUCUUGUGUUUGGUGGCAACUUUUUGCAUUCAUAUGGGAUUGAGAAGCAGUUGAAGACUGCCCAAGUUGAAGAUACUACACAUAGGUAUGUGCAUUGUCUACUUGGUCGAUCACAUCUGGACGAAGGUGGCGGGGGUGAUGAUGGUUCUCCACCUCGACCUUCUCCACCAGAGCCUCCCAAGCCUGAUCCGUCCCAUCAUAUUCAUCUCACUCCUCAGGAAUUGCAUGGCCUAAAAGCCAUUGUGAUGUUUCUGCAUUCCCUUCCAACCAACAAGAAAAAUGUUCCAGAACUCAUUCGUGAUCCUAUUGCUCUUAUUAAAGAUGUUCGAACAUUAGUAGAACAACAUCGUUAUGACAAUCCGGAAGCCGCUGUGACAGGGCGUCCAAUUCUGAGAACACUUGACGAUCCUGAUAAGGAAAAAUCAAAGGGAAUGAAGAUGAUGAUGAAGAAUUCUAUGCAUCGAGGGAUGGGUGUGCCUGGGAAACAUAAGGCUGGAUUGGGUGGAGGUUCUGCUUCAGGUCCAGGGAAAGGUCGUGGAGGGCAAGGCCCACGUCGACGGCGUACUCGGUGCAAGAAGUGUGAAGCAUGUCAGAGACAAGACUGUGGCGAAUGCUCAUUCUGUAUGGAUAUGGUUAAGUUUGGUGGACCUGGGAGGGCCAAGCAAACAUGUGUCAUGCGGCAAUGUCUCCAGCCAAUGUUACCAAUUACGGCAGCAUGUGUUACAUGUGGUUUAGAUGGUUGGGGACAAGAACCAGUUGUUCCCAUACAAAAGACUAAUCGAGAAACAGCAAGUUCAUUAAUGGAAUGCAGUGUUUGUUACGAAAUAAUUCAUCCUGACUGUAUUGCAAAACAAUGUCCUGAUUCAGAUGGAAUUGUGAAUGAGGAUCUUCCCAAUAGUUGGGAGUGUCCAAAGUGUUGUAAAGAUGGUAAAAACAUUGAGUACAAGCCCCGUCAUUUUCGAGCUCGACAGAAAUCGUCUGAAGUGCGGAGAAUGUCUGUUAGUUCUGACACUAGUUCCAUGGUUGAAUCAAAAGAUCAUCUGUCAUUACCCCACAUGGGAUCCACUGCUGCAGUAACUGCUGUCAGUGCUGCAACCCCUACUUCGUCAUCGUUACCUGCUACAGCAACUUCCUCAACGGCUACAAGUAGUGCAUCUCCAUCGCCAGGAAGUACUGCUGUUACUGUAAAACAGGAAAUGCAAGAAGGUAUUGAUGGAGAAGAUAUGGAGGGAGAUGCUAGUAGUGUCAGCAAUUCUGGCACUCCAAAAUCAUCGUACGGUGAUGGCCCAAUUCCCCUCAAGAGACCAAAAUUGGAACCAGAUGCAUCACCUGGAGAGACAAAAUCUCAAUGGGAAGAUGGUACUAAGACUGCUUUACCAGACCAUGCCAGUGGCAUCAAAGGCAGUCGAAGUCCAGACUCGCAGCCUCAGUGCUCAGGAUCAGCCAGUGCCAGCCGACCAAACAGUGCUGCAUCUGCUCCCAAUGGAAUGUCAAAUGCCUCUAGUGAACCACGUAAACUUGCUCUUCGCACCCACCUGGCUCAUCAAAUGUCGGCAAACUCAAAUAAGACAUUGCGGAGGCCCCAGUAUGUGGUGCGACCAGCUGGUGGUCAGAAAUCUGGUGCCAAUGGCGACAUGGCCAAUGGAGAUGGUUGCCAUGACUCUCGCAAUGGAGGUUCAGGAAGUAAUCCAGCACUAGACCGUAACAUCAUUCUCCCUGUGUUCCAGUAUUUAUCACCUGCUGACCUUGCUCGUUGCGCUGCAGUUUGUCGUUUGUGGUCAAAAUACAGUAUAGACCCGUCUCUUUGGCGGCGAAUGAAUCUCUCCCACAAUCAUCUGACUGCUGCUCACCUCACAGGUGUUGUUCGAAGGCAGCCUGAAGCCCUUCGUCUUGACUGGACAAAUGUGCCAAAGAGGCAAUUAGUUUGGCUUAUUGCACGGUUACCACAGAUGCGGGAGCUGUCUCUACAAGGUUGUACUUGGUCAGGAGUUAGUGCUCUUCGAACAUGUGUGUGCCCACCACUCACAUCUCUUGAUCUCAGCUAUGUGACAGGAUUCAAUGAUGGAUCAUUAAGAGAAAUUUUAAGUCCUCCCCCAGACUCUCGUCCUGGACUUGUCGACAGCAAAUCUCGAGUACGUUCUUUAAGGAUUUUGAGAUUAGCAGGAUGUGACAUUUCUGAUGUAGCGUUUCGGUACGUUACUCAACAUUUACCGCUCCUGGAAACUUUGGAUGUUUCAUCAUGCCAACGAGUUACCGAUGCUGGAGUGGCUCAACUUGCCACACCACCUGCAGCUACUAUUGAAACUCUUGUAAAUCUGGACUUGUCUAAUUGCCGACAUAUUACUGAUUCCAGUUUGGAACAUCUUGCUCGGUGUGAAGGACUCAAGAGAGUGGAUCUGAGACAUACUCCCAAUGUCACUGCGGCUGCUGUGGCAAAAUUGGCUGUUCGCCAUGAGCUUAAAGUUAUGGAUGCCAAACUAAUUGCUAAACGACCUGUAUGAAAACACCCAUGUAGGAGGUUCAGUCUAUUUUUCCUAGUUCAGUUCAUCAUAUACAUAGCAUUAUCAAGCUGGCUAGGAUCGGAACUGUUUCAUAGACAAAUAACUUAACUGAAGAUGUUUUAUUGAGUGAAGUGAUUGAGAUGAAUGUUUGGAUAAAUGAAGAAAUCAAUGGAGAAUUUCAUGGCAGGCAAACUUGUUAAUGGGGUGGAUUUGUGCAUGUGGGCAGUUUAUCUACUGGAUGUGGUCUGUCGGUGUUCACAUCGUGUUCACAUCAGUGUCUUGUGUGCAAUUGGAAGUUCCUUUAUGUGUGCUGUGCAUUUCUGAAGUUUAAAACAAUUCUUUGAGAAGAUGGGAAGUUCAGUGAUUGUCAUUAAUAAAAUAUUUGGUAUUUGUGCAAAAUUGUGAUCAUUAGAUGCUUUCUGUGUUGCUGGUUUGAUCCAUACAGUAUUUGUUUGUGUAUGAAAUCACUUCUUAGUGAACAUUUUUUUAAGUCUGGUGAAUAAUUAAUAGAAGGGUGUGUAGUACAGUUAAAUGUUUUCCUGUACUUCCCAUCAUCAGUAUGUGAAUGUGGUGUUAUAAUGAAACUGAAGUUCUAGAUCAUUACAAAUCUUGCUAAGUAUACAAAAGAAGUUGCAUAACUGCAAGUACUGUAGAAUAGCAAUUUUUGGCAGACUGAACUAUUAUUAUUAGUUCAUGAACAUUGAUGUUUUGUUAUGUAACUUGUUUCCUUUAAUGAAGUUUUAUGUAGUGUUGAAACAUGAAAAUCAAGGAUAAAUAAGUAGAUGUUUUAAACUGCAUUUUUUGUAGUAUUUGUAUGCUACAGUUUUCACCACUUUUCGGUGACCAACACUACAUCCUGGGAUGUGCUUACUACUCACCAGUCUUGUGUUGUUUGCUGACUUUGAAAAUGCCAUAAACAUUGGUAGAUUGUGUAAAUCUAUGGGUAGUAUACAAGCAUUGUCACCUUCCAAGAUUAUGCAUUAUAAACAAUGCAUAUUGUUUAGUGCUGCAGAUUCAAGAUAAAUCCAGUAAUGUUGUGACAUAUUCCCUUAUAGCAUCUGUCAAUCCUUCAAAACAUUUUCAUAAUUUUGUACAUAUUUUUUGUACCUACAUCUUUAUAAGAGUUCUAUGAAAGUUGUUUCUGUGGAUAAUGUAAACUGUUGAUUGUGUAUUUGAUAUUUUGUGAUAAUGUUGAAGUGUAAUUGUAAAAUUACAAUACUGGAAUGAAUCCAUAGUGUAAAAUUCUCAUUAAGAGCAAGAGCAGUGUGUUUCUCUCUUGUUUUUAUGGUAUAAGAUAAUAGAUUACUGUUUUUUUUUUUGUGUUUCUGCUAUAGCAUGCUUGUAUCCCGUGAUAUUUAGUUAAAAUUUUAAUAAUGGUGUAGUACUGUAAAUGAGAGUUGGCACAUCUUGGGGAUCUUUAAUCACUGUAUAUAACAUUUUGUUACAGUAUCAAAUGUCACAUUUUACAAAUGAAAACUCAAAAAGACAUAGUGUUCAACCCCUCUCCUCAUUUGUGAACCAGAUUAUGUAUAGCAUAGAAUACAUUCAUCACAUACCUGCCCUCAACUGCAAUGUAUAAUCUCGAAAAAUAUUUAAUUACUAAACAUCGUCUCUUUCUCAUAAUGUACAUAAAAAUGUAUAAAAUAUCUGAUUUUGAAAUAGUAUGUCUUGUAAUUACUUGCAUUUGUACCAUUUCCUUAGCCUUUAUUUCCUAACUGGAAAUAUUGAAAUAAGUAACAAUAAUUUAUUAAAAGUAAGACAAGAUUCAAUGAGGUUAUGUGGCAUUAUGUUGAAGAUAUGGCAUUUUGUUUAUUGUAAUAAAAUAUAUUUUAAGAGCUACAUCAUUUCUGUAUCAGAAACUGAUGAGUACAUAGAACUCAGUGACAGAAAAAAACAAGCGAAGAUCUCUCGUACUGAAGUGAGUGGAAAUGCCAGUCGGCCAGAUGACCAAGAGGGUCCUUCACCCAUUACCACGCCACCACUGAAGUUCUUUGUCAUCGUUGUUGAUGAAACAUUUGGAAAAAAAUUCCACUGACGAGUUCAUCAGCCUUGGAAACUCCAAUGUCUAAUUUGUAAAGAAAUUACCAUUUUGUUAAUUAGAAAGAAGAGUAUUUACAAGGACAUAAAAAAUGACAAAGGAAGCUUAUUAUUUGGAAGUGUGGUUGUUGGAAUCUCUCAUGGAAAAGAUGAGAUAAUAUAAUAUUAAUAUUUCAUCUUCAGAACUCAAGAUCUUGACCCCAUGAAGACCAGGCUCCUUUAUUUUAAAUUUCAAAAUGAAUUUUAUGAAGACAAAAUUUGUUCAAAAACUGAACAAAA